AUGCGCCCGCGACAUAGGUUGGCACCCAUGAGUCCGUAUGCCCGGGGAUACACACCAGAAAUAAGAGAUGCGGUCGACCGAACGCCCAUUCCAAAUGAAAUCAAAUGUUGUGUCUGCAAGCGACGUCGCCCGAAGUCCCAGUACUCGAACAACCAACUCAACUACCUCCGCCAGGCUAUCUUCCAUCUUGGCUACAGUAACAUUCGUGACCAACAGGUUGCUAAAUGUGGCCCAUGUACGAAUGCCCAGGUUUGUGAGGAGCUAUGUCAUUAUUGCGGCCACUACCGUGCCAUCGACCAAUUUGCCAGGAACCAACGCAAUCGUGAGAGUCCGCUCUGCCAGCCCUGCAUGAACUACCAGAUGUCCCUCGAUGCUGUCGACUCUGAUGAUCAACCUCUUGCCAUCACAGAGAAAGUUGAGGUUGAGGAUAAGGAUAAGGAGGAAGAAGCGGAAGAGGAGCUCAGCUCUGAGUCUGGAGCUCCCUCUGGGUCUGUAGCUCUCUCUCAGUCUGGAUCUGUGGCUCUCUCUCGGUCUGGAUCCGGAGCUCUGUCCGGGUCUGCGGAACACUCUCAGUCUGUCGAUGAGCUCUCUGACUCUCUAAGUCAGCCGGAGAGUCUGGAGCAGGGUGUCGAGAAAUCCCUUGUCCUGCGUAAUGAUUCCACGGAUAGUGAUAGUAAUGAUGCUCAGGGAUUUGCAAAAGUCAAGGCACACCGUCCUCAUCGGCAGCCUGUUCCCGCCCCCGAGCUAGCCCCGGGCUGGGCACCUGGUACCCGCAAAGUUAAUGAUGGCACUCCCUGGAAAGGAGGAAGGUUUCUCUAA